AUGGCAGAAAUUCUGGGCCUGGGCCUUACCCAUUCCCCUUCCCUGAUAAAGCCCGACGAGGAAAAGGACUUUUCCAUCGCAAGGAGCUUGCGAAAUCCCAACCUUCCGCCGGAACUGAAGAUUCCCACCAACUGGCCGGAACCGAUGCGCAUUGAGUACGGCGAAGACGAAGGGUUGGAAUCUGCCAAGAAGGCACGGGCGCGGUUGUGUAAACGGCUUUCGCAAGCUUAG